CCGGGUGUGAUAAUAAAAGCUGUCCAAGACAGAGGUGUUCCUCGUUCUCUCCCCUCAAACACAGACACAACACAACAAGGUUGCAAAGUGAAGAAGGAUUAAGCCAUGAAAGCUCUAAUUUUAAUCCUCACGCUAUGCAUCAUUGCUGUCACCUUCUCAUCACAAGCAGCAACCUCCAUAGUCACUCAACCCCAACCCAACGAAUUUUUCAAGCUCAACCAAACCAAGCCACAGAAUGAUGGUAGUUCCUGUAGUUACACGGUGAGCAUAAAAACAAGCUGCAGUUCUCCCUCCUACACCAGAGAUUACAUCGGUCUUGCAUUUGGUGAUGCUUAUGGCUAUCAGGUUUAUGUUCCAAGACUGGAUGAUCCUGGUUCAGGUACAUUCGAGCGGUGCUCUACGGAUACAUUUGAGAUAUACGGUCCAUGUACGUACCAGACAUGUUAUCUGUAUCUAUACCGGAGUGGAUACGACGGUUGGAUGCCAGAGAAAGUGACCGUAUACAGCUAUUACUACCAACCUGUUACAUUUUACUACAACACUUACAUACCUAAUGAUAUUUGGUAUGGCUUUGACUAUUGUCGCGGUUAUUUACCCUCCGGUACUGCCGCACAGUAGAGGCUAGAGUAGUGUGUACCCUUCUCAGUUCUCAUCACAAAUUACUACAAUAAAACAAGUACAAGUCCAAAUAUGAACCCUGCUAUCUAUUGUAGUGGACCUUCUUUAAUGUAUCAAGUUACCAUGUGAUAUUUAAUUCGAGACACUUUUUUAUACAUGGCUUGUUUCUUUUAA